AUGAAAACAAUCAGCAGGGCAACAAUAUUAGACAGGGAUAAAUUUGACUUCUCCUCUUUAUCAGGAAUCCAGCAUGAUAUGCUAAAAUGCUUUAGAAAUAUUGAAAAAUCCAACAAAAGACAUACUAACGGAAUAAAAUAAGACUCAUCAUAGAUUCUUUAUUGAGAACAGGAGAAUUCAACAGCACACAAGAGAUGCUAACACUGCUUCUCCUGUCCAGAAAUAGAGUGGAUAGCAGAAUUGAAAUUAUCCCCAAAGUUAGGUCUUUUAAAGGAAACCUUAAAAGAAAAGAUUUCAGAAGAAAAUUACCCACAAAAGAGCAGAUUAUGAACAAGCUCCAGGCAUUCACAAAUAAAUCUAUUAAUCUGAAAUUCACCGACAACAAAGGGGAUAUUAAUAUUGACCUGAAAGGGAUGACAGCUCUUCCUCCAACUGUAAAGUCUCAUUACUCUUAUUCCCCUCAAAAGAGAAGUAAAGAGAGGAUGGCAGAGUAUACAGACUUAAGUAAAGCAAAGAAUAUUUCUAUGGCUCCUGGAAAAUAUGCAAGUGCUGAUCCUGAAGGUUUCCAUAAUAACCAUGAUAUCUCUCAAAUAGAUUCAGGUCUCCUUAAAUUUGAGCUUGAAAAACAGACUAGGACAGAGCCUCUUAGUGUGCUUCACCAAGCUAAGAUAAAACUCAGAGAAAACUCUGAAUACAGGAAGCAUAAAAAUAAUUUCUUCUUGUUGGAAUAAAUGCAUUAGAAGCAA